UUGAUCUAAACAACAACAAAAUGUUCAGCAAACUGGUAGCUUUCGGUGCGAUGCUGGCCGCAGCCAAUGGGCACGGUCAUGCCGUAUCUUCCCAAAGCAUCGUCCACCACGGUGGACACUACGCCGCGCCAUACGCCGCUCCGUACGCCGCGCCAUACGCCAUCCCGUACGCCGCGGGGUACGCUGCGCCGUAUGAAGCGGCGUACGCCGUGCCGUACGAAGGUGGUUACGCCGCGCCUCUCCCUUAUGCUGCUCACGAAAGAGCUUAUGAUGGACACUAUGACGAUGACGACCAUCACGAAGAACAUGACGCUCAUCCCAAAUACGCCUUCGAGUACUCAGUAUCUGACCCUCACACCGGUGACCACAAGUCCCAGCACGAGGUCCGCGACGGAGAUGUCGUGCGUGGCCAUUACUCACUGGUGCAGCCUGAUGGCUCCGUGCGUGAUGUCGAGUACACCGCCGAUGACCACAAUGGAUUCAAUGCCGUAGUACACACUUCGGCCCCCAAUCUCCACCCGGCUCCUGAGUACCACCAACACUAUUAAUGAGUGGAUAUAUAUUGACGACCUGCUGAAACCAAAUACGACUAUAAAUUAUA